AUGCCCAUUCCCAAGGAGUUCUUGGAUAUCACUUGGGACGGAUCGUCGGCACGCGAAGUCUUGCGAUUGGUGAUUGAUAGAAUCAAGAUUCUCGCCAACAGCAAGGAGCCUGAAAAAAUUUCGGAAGUGAAGGAGAAAGUAAUCAAUUCGGAUUUCGCCGGAUUGGACUCGGAGGACUCAUCUGGAGAUUCCUCCGACAAGACCUACGAACUGUUCACCAAGACCUUGGCAGCCGUCGAGGAGAGCAAUAAGACGACCAAGACCUCUGUGGAAUCGCUUUCGGAGGUAGUGGUAGCGGGUAUCCAGGGACAAGCAUCGCACAAGCCCCCCCCAAAUACAGUGGAAAAGAAGUGGCCCACAAGGCUCUCCUACCUGAAGAGAGUUGCUGGUACCACGACCUCAGCUCAGCUCCCCACCCUCUGGCACGAGCUAGCAAAGUGUAAGAAGCACAAAUCAAUUGGAAUUGUGCAGUCCCUGCUGGACGAUGAGGCCAAGAAACUAAACCUCAAUCUGGAAAUCAUCGUUUCAACCCAACACUACAAAAAUGCAAACGCGAUCAACGAUUACAACAAGAGCGAUUAUUGGUUGACGGGCAAAAAGACAACCGCUUCAAUGAAGGAUCAUCAAGCCCACGACAAGAUCAAGCAUGCUAUCUUCCCAAAGGAUCCCAUGCAGUUCCUUGAGAUGGUCAAUGGCAUGCGGGUAUUCUACCGUGUAGUGUUUGGGAAAACUCAUUCACUGACAGCCGUGUACAAAAAGUUUGCAAAGAAUGUGGAUUCGAUCGCACAAAAGAUGGGAGUGUCCCAGCAGGAUCGAGCACUCGAGAGAUUUCUCUUUGGAAUCUAUUCCCAAAUUGAUCGUUACUUUGAGCGUUUGGUAAGAUCCGGCACAAACGCAGAAGAAAACCUACCCGACUUGGGGACCUACAUGGAGACCUGCUACCAUGGAGGAAGCCUACCGGAGUCAAAGUUGUUUGUCGUCGCAAAGGACUCUAUCGGACAUGAUGGAACAGGAGACAAGACAGAGAGUCAGCAGAAGAGAGAGAAAGAAUGUUGGUGA